AUCCAACCAAGCUUUGUCGCGUCAUCCACGUCAAACGUCAAAAAUGCAACCACGUCGCUGCACUCAAACACAAACCUGCCCCGAAUAAAUAAAUGCCCGCAGACAAAAGCUGGCCUAUUUUCCCCGGCAUUUUUCUUUCUUCGAGAGUUAUCCGCUUUCUUUCGAACCAUUUACGCAUAAAGUCGCAAUAGACUCGGUACUUCUGAGAGCUCUCGCCCAUGGACCGGAACCAGCAGCUUGGGGGGCUGAGCCCUCGCCAUGAUCCUUCAUCCAGGAUUCAGAAACCUGAGUCGGCUGCGGAUCGGAUGGCGGCUCUCAAAGCUCGCGUCGCAGCUGCCGUUGGCGGCGCAAAGGCCAAGGGCGGGCUCAACAUGCCUCUUCACCCGGCCCUCGCCGACCUCAAUGCCCCGAUCAAGCCCGGAGACUCACUAAAGACAGCUCAUGGUCAACGCUCUACUCCAGAUGGCCCGGAGAGCUCCAAACGGAGGCCCUCCGGCCUCGCGACAACCACGCAGGAAGGCGCCCGAACAAACCCCUACCUUGAGCCCAGUCACGCGCCCACGGGCAAGGCGAGACCGUCGAAGCAGCUCAUAUUCAACCAAAAGGGAAAGUACAUCCAGCAGGCCAACGCCCUGCGGAGACAGGCCGCUCUGGAGGAGAUGAAGAAGAGGAUUGCCGAACAGGCCCGCAAGGCAGGAUUGGAGGAAGACAGAGACGUUGAAAAAGCCUUCGCCAUCGAGGCUCCUCCGGAUCUGGAGUGGUGGGACGAAGCUCUUAUUGAUGGGAAGGACUACUCCAACAUCCCACAGUCGCUGAAGGUGACGACACCAGACAGCAUCGUCACGCUGUACAUUCAACACCCUGUCGCCAUCGAGCCGCCGCAAGACAAGCUCGCUCCAGAGCCAAAACCCAUGUACUUGACCCCUAAAGAGCAACAAAAACUCCGACGGCAGCGCCGUAUGAUGGAACUCAAGGAAAAGCAGGCCAAGAUCCGGUUGGGCCUCGAGCCCCCGCCGCCUCCAAAGGUCAAGAAAGCCAACCUGAUGCGUGUCCUCGGCCAAGAGGCAGUCAAGGAUCCAACGGCCGUGGAAGCCCGCGUGAACCGCGAGAUUGCCGCGCGCUUCGAGAAGCACAUGCAGGCCAACGAGGAGCGCAAGUUAACCAAGGAACAACGACACGAGAAACUCGCCACGUUCAAGGCCAAGGACGCGGCCAAAGGCAUUCACAUCCUGGUGUUCAAGAUCAACAGUCUCGCCAACGGCCAGCACCGCUACAAGAUCAAUAUCAAUGCCACUCAGAAUGGCCUCAACGGCAUCUGCAUCAUGCAUCCGAAAUUCAACCUCGUCAUAGUCGAAGGCGGCGAACACAGCAUCAACAACUAUAAGAAGCUGAUGCUCCGCCGCAUCAACUGGACUGAGUCUCUGGCACCACGCGAGAGAGACUCAGAGCAGGGCGCCGCUGUGCGGGAGUGGCUCAAGGCCGAGGAUGAGCGUGGGCAGUUGAAGGACUUGUCGGCGAACAAGUGUGUCCUCUUGUUCGAGGGUGAAACCAAAGCGCCCGCGUUCAAGAAGUGGGGUAGCAAGAUAUGCGAGACGGACCACGAGGCGAGGGAGUUCCUCGCUCAGAGGAAGAUGGAAAACUUCUGGACUCAGGCAAAGAGCACGCCUUGAUGGCAGUCAAACUUCUCGCCUCCAGUACAAGAGGUAUCCAUCAUGGCCCUGCGGAGGGUGGCUGACUCGGGGAACUUGGGCGAGAACUCGAGCACAGCUUGCGGUCAACAGGGAAUCCGCGAAAGCAGUGCUCCCGUUACGAGGCCAUCCAUUGAGAGGCCAAUAUUCGGUGCUUUAUUGUUCAGAAUACGUUCCUGGGAGGGGACUUUGGGUAGUUAACGAGACAUGGAUGCCCAAACCAUUUCCGCUGGACGAUCUUGGGCUAGUUGAUUCUCGGUUCCCAGCUUUGGACUGUGCACCAUUUCUCCCCGUUGACGAAAAUACCGUGGUAAGGGCGACCCGGGAUUGAUUGACCGGCCGUUGCCAAUAUAAUCCAACCAGAUGAGUUGG